AUGGAUUGUUCAUCCACCAUUCCGGUUGAAUCCGCAAUAGUUGGAUUUUCUGGUCCAAACGUACCGUCGUCGGCAUCGGGCGAUACAGAAAUCAUUUACCUGGACCGAAUCUGCCGAACAUGUCUGGUGGAAAAGGAGAAAGACCAGCUGAAAGACCUUUUCGAGUAUUGUCUUGCUGAGACCAUCAUGAGCUGCUCGAGUGUUUCGAUUAGCGAAUCCGAUGGACUGCCGUGUCAUAUCUGCCUCGAUUGCUGCACAGAGAUGGAGAGGUGCUGCAAUUUCCGUCAGAUGAGCGAACAAUCGGACGCCACGAUUCGAUCUCUGAUUGAAAAGUCGGUCGUCAUCAAACAGGACAGUGAAACCAAGUACGAGGUGCUGAAUGUUGUCCUGACGGAUUCCAACGGCAACACCGAAACCUCAGCGGUCGUUGUUCCGAUCGAAGAGUUUCGGUUUCAACUUAUGAACACUCACGCUGCCUCCUUGGAGCAACGCGAAGAAUCCGUCAUCGACGGUGUUCCGAUGAUUAAGCUUGAAACUUUGGCGCGCCAACCACAUCCGUUGCCGCCGGUUCCAACGGUGGACAUCGUUACACCGCCACCGGCGGCAAAAGAGCUGAUAAAAGAGGAGGAAUAUGCGGUCACCGUUAAUCCCAGUGAACUACUCAACGAACCAGCUCAAUCGCCGCCAUCUGAGAUGAUACACGUAGCCAAUGGUGUAGCCUCACACGCGGAAGGCGAUUUGAAAGAAUCCAUCAUCCUGCGCAACCUCAAGCGCGAACUGUCCGAGUUCAUCGGAAGUAGCUGUAAUGCCAUGUCGAAGGAAGCCGAAAUUGUCGAUGAUAAUGAGGAUGACGAAAUGAUUCACGUUAAUUAUUUGAAAGAUGCCCUUACGGAGGAGUAUAUUCAAAUAAUGGAAAAUCAACUGGCGUCAUCGGUGUCUGCCAGUGGCGCACCGCGCGUGAUAGUACACCCCGGAACCGCACAGGAACAAUUGGAACAAGAGCAUCUUAAUAAUCUUAUCAACGCUUCAAUGGAAGCGGAAGAACCUCGAUCAUCGGCGGACAGUGGCAAGACGGAGCAAGAGGACAAGCGGUACUGUAAACUGUGCGACAUGCAAUUCACCGAGCGCAGGCUCUACCGGAAGCACGUGCAAAGAAGACACUCCGAGAAACGGUUCGAAUGCACCAGCUGUUCACGGAAGUUUGCCGAAAAGUCGUUACUCAACCACCACAUUCUGCGGCACACCGGCGAAAAGGCGCACGUUUGUAAGGUGUGCGACGCGCGCUUCUACGACAAGCCCAUGCUCAACUUACACAUGCGGAGCCAUUCCGGGGUUCGGCCCUAUGCCUGUGAGUUGUGCGAUAAGCGGUUCACGAAAAGAAGCGGCCUGACGACGCACCUGAAAGUGCACAAGGAACCGCGACCGCACGUGUGUACCGUGUGCCAGAAGGGCUUCAAAUUGUCGUGGCAGCUGAAGGCACACUCGCGAAUCCACACCAACGAGAAACCGUUUGAGUGUCCCCACUGUCAGAAGCGGUUCAAUCAAAACGGAAACCUUAUCGUCCACAUACGCACGCAUUCCGGAGAAAAACCGUACCAGUGUAAGCACUGCGACAAGGCUUACCCCUGCAAAAGCGAACUGACCGGCCACAUGCGACAGCACACGGGUGAGAAGAAGGAGAAAAAGUUCCCCUGUUCCGUCUGCAACACGGUAUGUGCCGCUAACUGUGAUCUGGUAGUUCACAUGCGAACCCACACCAAAGAGCGGCCGUUCGAUUGCAGUGUAUGUGGCAAACGGUUCAUGCUGCACGUUCAUUUGAAAACGCACAUGCGGUCCCACACGGGAGAGAAACCGUUCGCUUGCACCGUUUGCGAGAAAGCUUUCGCAACUCGUUAUCAACUAAAAACACACAACUACAUCCACACGGGCGAGAAAAACUACGCCUGUGACGUGUGCAACCGGAAGUUCAGCAAUGCGGCCAACCGGAACACUCAUCGCAAGACGCACGAUCGGAAAAUUUCUUGACAAAAGUACAUGUUCGUAGGCUAAAAGGCUAGCGCUUUAACCCUGACGAACGAUCUUACCAUGCUAAUCGAUAUGCAGUGAUAGCCACAGAUGACGUAUUGUGUCCGCAGGCCGGCCGGAACGUUCUAAACGACGAAUGGCAAACAUUCGAAGGAUGAGGGUGUGAAAAUAGAGAUGCGUUUUCUUUAUUGAACAAAUCAAAACAAUGUGCGGGCGACAUGGCGCUUCUCUGCUGCGUUGUCCCUCAACAAAAAAAUGUUGCGCUCUGGCACGCUGGCCUUCACUAAUGACUAAUGUUAUAUGUGUCUCCUUCACUAACGCGCGUUGAUCGCAAUGAAACGAACCGAAA